CUCCUCUAAUCCCCUCUCUCCUUCUUUUCUCUUUCUUCACGAUCUUCAUCGUCGUUGCUGUCGUUGACGUUGUCGCUGCUUUGUCGGUUCAGAGAGUUCAUUCGUUUGGCUUCACCCUCCCUUCACUCCCUCCCACUCACUCUUUACUUGGUUUCAACUUCACUCUUUUUUAGUUGAUCCCGUCCAAUCUUUUUUCCUUGGAGUUCUCUGAAGUCUCGAUUCCCUCCCUUACGUAGGUCCCAAUACUCGCUUGAUGUCUCGAACCAAUCUAGGAAUUUGAGAUGCUCUACCAUUAUUGAGCCAAAUAUCUAACAUUUUGUUUCAAUGUAGCCGAGCCAUUCAUUGAUUAUUCGACUGAGCCGAACGAAAUCCCCUGACAUCCGACAUUGACACAUUAACACAUUAACAAACAAACGAUAAUCUUAAUAUCGUCAGAUCUACACCCGUUAUCACACCCCAAAUCACCGAGAUAUCACCAAUAUGUCUUCUACUUUCAGCAACCUUAUUGCCCGUGGCAAUGCUGUCCUUUCUAGGCGGGACCUUGACAUGGGAGGCGAAUCUGACACCGUCGUCAAUCUCAUGAUUGCUUUUCUUGGCGUCGCUUUCUUCGCCCUUGUUAUGGUAGCUCUGCUUAUUAUGCUACGACGAGCAAAGCGCGAACAACAGAUGCAGAAAGAAACUCUACCCCAGUACAACGAUAUCAAGCACGAUGACUACAGCACCCGUCGCCUGACCAUCCAAACCGCCAACGGCCGACAAAGUAUUCUGGUUGUGAACGGUCGCCCCAUGCUGGCUGACCCGAGUGCACCACCCUAUUCUCCCACCAACGUCCCCGAGAUUCACAUCACCUUCCCCGACGAGCAGGACGAGGCCGGCCGCCAUAAGAGUGGUCGUGUCGUGGUUGUCCGAGUUGGCGAGACCUCUGUGGGUCUUGAGCCCGUGAAGGAGGAGCAAUUGCCCGCAUACGAGAAGGAGAACAGCGGUUUCUACUCGAUCGACAUGGACCAAAUUGGCGGGUUAAAGGAGAAGGACCGUUCCCAAUUCUCCUAAGCUACAACUAGCAUGAUCUUACCGUCGGUAUCACUAAGAUCACAUAUGCUACUCAACUAUUGCUACUAGCCGACUUCCAAGGGUUAUUAAACUGGAUGAUGGGGGAGUAUGGAUGAUAUAUAUACAUGCAUGAGUAAUGGUGUACCUAUACAAAGCAGAUGUUUCUAAAGUCUUCCUUCUAUCCGCCUCUCUAGGUCGGGGCGAGGAAGUCGAAGACGGACCACGGACCGCGCGGCGGAGGGGGAACCUGGAUGGACAUUUCGUGACUAGUUCAGGCUUUAGGUACACGUUGGUCCUUGUAUAUAACGAUACCCUUUGCUUUUUGUCUUCCAUUUCCUAAGGCCACUACUACGGACAACUAGCCUUGCAGUGAGAGGCAGAAACGAGGCUCCUGGACGCGGUAUAUAUUCUCCAUUGUAUACUUAAAGUAAUUCGACUACACAAACCAAUGAUCACCGGU